UAUAAGAAUCCAAACCCCUACGGACCCCAGAAACCCCUUGGAACCCCUCAGUAAUAGACGGCAAGAAGAUCAUCCCCGGGUUUUCUGCAAGAGUUCCGAUUUCGUGACUGAUUUCAAUUUGAUCUUCAUUUGUUUUGGGUUCCUUCGACAACCACCACGAUGCAAACGACCCUGAUCGUGGCAAUGUGUCUGGCGGUCACCGUGGCCAUGGCGCUCCCAUACCCAGACCCUGCCGCCCUCCCAUACCCAGUAGCCGACCCUGUGGCGAACCCAUUGCCCCUCCCAUCUCCCGACGCCCUGGCUGACCCCCAUCGCCGCAGGGGGGGAUACAGAAGAAGGCAGUCCUUUGGGAGAUACAGCAACUUUGGACAUGGUGGUUUUGGACAUGGUGGCCUUGGACAUGGUGGCUUUGGACAUGGGAACUUUGGACAUGGAGGCCGCGGACACUACCAUUACCAUCACCACUAAGAUGUGAUGAUUACCUUACCUUACCUUACCUUACAUUACCUUAAAGAUAUGUGAUGGUUGAGAAUUGGUUUGGUUUGGUUUAUAAUGAUUUACCUUUCCUUACCUUACCUUACCUUACACUACCUUAAAAAUAUGUGAUGGUUGAGAAUUGGUUUGGUUUGGUUUAUAAUGAUUUACCUUACCUUACCUUACCUUACCUUACCUUACCUUA